AUGGCCACUUUUACUCACCACCACCACGGUGCCCUUCUCAAGACACCCCUCUCCGGCCGGACUCGGAUCCCCGGAUCCAAGUCCAGGCCCGGCCCAUUUAGAGUCCGAAUGUCUCUGCAAGAGACCGGCCCUUCGUUGGCGGUGGUCGGCGUCACCGGCGCAGUGGGUCAGGAGUUCCUGUCGGUCCUCCAAGACCGUGACUUCCCUUUCCGUUCAAUCAAGAUGCUCGCCUCCAAGCGCUCCGCGGGUCAGAAUUUGAACUUCCUGGGUCAAAACUACGUCGUUGAGGAGCUCACCCGCGACAGCUUUGACGACGUCGACAUCGCUCUCUUCAGCGCCGGUGGGUCAAUAAGUAAAGAGUUUGGUCCCCUUGCCGUAGAGCGUGGCACCAUUGUCGUUGAUAAUAGCUCCGCUUUUCGUAUGCAAGAAGGCGUGCCGCUUGUGGUCCCUGAAGUCAAUCCGGAGGCUAUGGAGGGAAUUAAGGUUGGGAGGGGAAAGGGCGCGCUCAUUGCGAACCCUAAUUGCUCCACCAUUAUUUGUUUAAUGGCUGCUACCCCUCUCCAUCGCCAUUCUAAGGUAUUACGUAUGGUGGUUAGUACGUAUCAGGCUGCUAGUGGAGCUGGUGCUGCUGCCAUGAGAGAACUUGAGCAGCAAACUCAUGAGGUCCUGGAAGGGAAGCCACCAACUUGUAAGAUAUUUCAGCGGCAGUAUGCUUUUAAUUUGUUUUCACACAAUUCGGCAGUUCUUCCAAAUGGAUAUAAUGAAGAGGAAAUGAAAUUAGUCAAGGAGACACGAAAAAUAUGGAAUGACACCGAUGUCAAGGUAACUGCCACAUGUGUACGAGUUCCUGUCAUGCGGGCACAUGCUGAGAGUAUAAAUCUUCAAUUUGAGAACCCCCUUGAUGAGGACACCGCAAGGGAUAUUCUGAAGAAAGCUCCUGGGUUGGUGAUUAUUGAUGACCGGACAUCUAAUAACUUCCCUACACCAUUGGAGGUGUCAAACAAAGAUGAUGUUGCAGUAGGCAGAAUCCGUCGCGAUGUAUCCCAAGAGGGGAACUAUGGGUUGGACAUCUUUGUCUGUGGUGAUCAAAUACGCAAGGGAGCUGCACUUAAUGCUGUUCAGAUUGCUGAGAUGUUGCUAUAG